AGACGGAGAGCAGCUGCAAGACUUGCUGGGACCCUGUGCUGACUCUUGCCACACAAGAUGACAGCAAGAGAUGGGCCCCAAGAUAGGUACAAGGCUGUGUGGCUGAUCUUCUUCAUCCUCGGCCUGGGAACGCUGCUGCCAUGGAAUUUCUUCAUGACCGCCAGGGAGUAUUUCAUCAGCCGCCUUGCGGACUCAGAGGAGAUAAGCCACUUCUGGAACCAGACCGGUGAGGCUGCCUUGUCCCCCUCCUACCUGCAGUCCAUGUUUGACAACUUCAUGACUCUCUGCGCCAUGGUGCCCCUCCUCAUCUUCACCUGCCUCAACUCCUUCAUCCACCAGCGGAUUCCUCAGCAGAUCCGCAUCUUGGGCAGCCUGGUGGCCAUUGGGCUCGUGUUUUUAGUCACCGCGAUCAUGGUGAAGGUUGCCCUGGAACCUCUUCCCUUCUUCGUCUUUACCAUGAUCAGCAUCGUCUUCAUCAACUCCUUUGGUGCCAUCCUCCAGAGCAGCCUCUUUGGGCUGGCAGGGCUCCUGCCUGCCAGCUACACAGCUCCCAUCAUGAGUGGACAGGGCUUGGCGGGUACCUUUGCCGCUUUGGCGAUGAUCUUCAGUAUUGCCAUUGGCGCCCAGCAACCUGAGAGCUUCAUCGGUUACUUCACCACAGCCUGUGUGGCGAUUGUGCUGGCAAUCUUCUCCUACAUCCUUCUGCCUCGCAUGGAUUUCUUCCGAUACUACUCCAUGAAGGACAAGACAGAGUACCAUGUGUGCUAUGCAGAGCUGGAGACCAAGAGAGACCUGAUUAAGAAAGAUGAGCCCAAUGGGAUGGAGCAGAAUAACUCAAAGAUCAUCCCUAUCCACAACCCUGAGGAGAAGCCCUCGGUCGUUGCUAUUUUUAAGAAGCUCUGGGUCAUGGCUGUGUCUGUCUGCUUCGUCUUCACUGUCACUAUCGGUGUCUUUCCUUCCGUCACGGCUAAAGUGUCCACUGUCCUUGGAGAGGGAAACAGCUGGGGUCUCUACUUCAUCCCUGUCUCCUGCUUCCUCCUCUUUAAUGUCUUCGACUGGACAGGACGGAGUCUCACUGCCCUCUUCACAUGGCCCGGGAAGGACAGCUGCCUCCUGCCAGUGAUGGUGGCCCUCCGUGUCAUCUUUAUCCCUCUCUUCAUGCUGUGCAAUGUGCAGCCACGUUACUACCUGCCUGUUGUAUUCUCUCAUGACGCCUGGUACAUCAUCUUCAUGAUCUUCUUCUCCAUCUCCAAUGGCUACCUGGCCAGCCUUUGCAUGUGCUUCGGGCCCAAGAAAGUGCUUGCCCAUGAAGCAGAGACAGCUGGAGCUGUCAUGGCCUUUUUCCUGUCGCUGGGUUUGGCCCUAGGAGCUGCUGUCUCCUUCCUGUUCCGAAUUCUCAUCUAG